GCAGGCAGUCACAGGACGCCCACACACUCUCAUGCAGUCGCCAGGUAUAUAAGAGUGCCCUUCUUCUCAUUGGAGAGCAUUGAGAGUGAAUAUCGUAACUGCUCUAGAGACUCUCCCACUAGGAAACCGGCAACAUACAAUCACUGGCCAGGACAUGAUGGUUCUUGUGAAGGUCUCCUCCCUCGUCGCAGUCCUGGGCUUGGUGGUCAGCCAGAUGUCCAGCACGCAAGCAGCGCCAGUCAGACCGGGCUUGGACUCCUUACCGGACCGGGUGACCAUCAGUGACUACGAGGCACGGCGGUUACUCAAUGCAUUGGUCAAAGAGUUCAUACAAAUGACAGCAGAAGAGAUGGAGCAGGGGGGUGACGGGAACAACUUGGAUAACAGGCCCAUGUCCAAACGUUGCUCGGGCCUCAGCACGUGCACGCUGUGGAAACUGUCUCAGGAUUUGCACAAAUUAAGCGCUUACCCUCGCACCAACGUGGGCGCCGGGACUCCCGGCAAGAAGAGGAGUGCCCUGGGUGCCAUGGACAAUGAACACUACUAUGGCGACCAGCUUGACCUUAAUAACUAGGAGUCUUCAGUAGCACGAUGCAUGCGGGGCUCAUGUGUAGACAAGUGACUUAUAGCAAUGGGCAGGGUACCCCAGCUGGAUCUGAAAUGCCCAAGACCCCCCUGAGAUAGAUAGACACAACAAGCAGCCCCCUUAUACCCUCCCCCCCCCUCCCCCUAAACACAAUC